CGGAGGUAGUCGUGGCGACCCUGGCAGCCGAGGACAUGGGAGGCUUAAAGAGGAAACAUUCUGAUUUGGAAGAGGAGGAGGAAGAGGAGAAGUGGGACUGGAGUCCAACAGCUCUUCGGAGCUACCAGCAAGCCCUGCUCCGAAUCUCUCUGGACAAAGUCCAGCGCAGCCUGGGCCCCAGAGCACCCAGCCUCCGCAGGCACGUCCUUAUCCACAACACACUCCAGCAGCUCCAGGCUGCCAUUCGCCUCGCUCCAGCACCAGCCCUGCCCCCGGAACCUCUCUUCCUAGGUGAAGAAGAUUUCUCCCUAUCUACCACCAUCGGUUCCAUCCUCAGGGAGCUAGAUACAUCCAUGGAUGAGAUGGAGCCGCCUCUGAAUCCAGCAGCUUCCUCGAGUCCCCAGAAUGAGAUCGUGUCCCAGGCUGAUCCUGUAUUCUUAGAAGCUCUGAGCUCAAGGUACCUGGGAGACUCUGGCCUGGAUGACUUCUUUCUGGACAUUGAUACAUCUGCGGUGGAAAAGGACGUUGCACUUCCACCCCCGGAGCCGCCGCACAGCCUCUUCUGUAGCCCAGGAUCCUGGGAGUGGAAUGAACUGGACCACAUCAUGGAAAUCAUCCUGGGAUCCUAAAGCUGAUGGGAUUCUUCCGGGCGUCAGCCUCAGUGCGCUGGGCCUUAGAUGGGACUCUUGUAUGUGUGCGUGGCGGAGGCGCUAGACAGAGACUGUGUGGCCUCCUUUCCUCCUAUGUCAGGAUUCCACAAACUGUCCUGCAUGUGUGCGUGUCUGGUUGCCACAGCCUUCCGUGAAGGUGCGUCUUCCUCAAUUAAUUUAUCUCUUCCGAAUGCCUUAAGGAGACUCUAUUUCAGGGAGUCUAGAUUCCUCGCUUACACAUUUCUUCUGCCUCCAGUUCCCACUGUCCUUAUGACCACUAGGGUCUCAGGGAAGAUAAAACUGGACCUGUCAAGGGGUGAUGGAGGGGCUGGUCUCCGGACAGACUCAACCUCUUGGCAGGACCCCAGUACCAGCAGCCUCCUGAUUCAUAACCAGGCCGGACCAUGUGCAAUAGGGCAGAAGUCUACCAGCUCCAUGCUGUGCUACUUAAGAGGAAAGAGGAGGUAGGGUUUGCAGAGGCGUAUGUUUGUUGGUUGGUUGGUUGGUUGGUUGGUUUGGGGGGAUUUUUUGAGUGAAAUUUGUUGUUGUUGUUGUUGUUCUUGUUUUUUUGUUUUUGUUUUUUUCUAAUAAAAGCAUUUUGGAAAUA